CUCACCGUGUUACUGCAGACGGAAAAGAGGAUGCUUCUAGUAGAAUAAUGGUGCAAAUUUAGGAGGUUCCAACCCUCUCUUUAUUACUCUUGUGUAAGGCAUACCUAGCAUGUGUUUGUGCAAGGCAUAGUAACCUCGCAUGCGUGCAUGCACACAAGCAUUACACAGCGAGCAGGUGACUAGAUUUUUCCAUGCCACACAAGAUUAUGACACAUGGGCAUCUGCUAGCUAAAACUCACAGUCCAUGGACGACAAUGGGGUGGUUCCCAGUCUUCCUCUGGAACUUGGAGACUUCCUCUAUGACAGAGACCAUGGCAUUCACAUCCCCACACCACUGGUAGU